UCUAAACCAUCAUUCACAAUCCCACCAAAUUCAAAGAAUAAUAAAUAAUUAUCCGUCACAAUGACAAUCCCCUACGACUCAAUCCGCACGGCGCAACAAGCCCUCUCAACCCUCUCCUACAUCCUCAAAACCGCCGAGAAAUCCCACCCGGACCCCGCCUCCCUCCCCACCGCCAGCCUCCACCCAGACAUGCAGCCCCUCUCCUUCCAAGUCCACAUCGCAACAUUCAUGGCCAUGAAACUCGCCGCGCGCCUCACGCUCCAAGACCCCCCCGCGGCCCUCGAAAACAACCUCACCACCAUCGACAACAUGCAAGCGCGCAUCAAGACCGUCAAGGACAUUCUGGACGCGGUGCCCGCCGAGGAAGUCAACGCCAAAGCGGAAGUGAUCAAGUCGACUCUGCUGGGCCCGAAGGAGGUGGAGAUCAGUGGCGCGGAGUAUGCGCGGGUGUUUAAUCUGCCGAAUAUUUACUUCCAUGUUGUUACGGCUUAUGGGAUUCUGAGGAAGGAGGGCGUGCCGUUGGGGAAGGUGGAGUAUAUGACUGAGUUUAUAGGGGAUUUGCUUUGAUUUAUCUUUCUCUCUACGUCUCUUUCUUUCUCCCCUUCUCUGUAUGAAUAGAUAUAAUUAUAUGUUUUUCAUUGCUGUCUUCGGGAUGGGGGGUGAUUGAGUGGGUGAUAUCUGGUUGGGUGUUUUGUUGAAGUGGAUGGUGUAGUGCUGGUGUAUAUAUAGGGUUGUUUAGACAGGGUUGGUUAAUCCCGUCUACAGAUAUGUACAUAGAUUUGUCAAUACGCAUAUUUGGUAGAUCAUCAGACCGAGACUGUCUUGGUCUUCUAGUUAAAAGCCUUUGACGGAUGCCAAUGAC